AGUAUGACCAUAUAUAACAGGAUUGUGGCUGACACAGGGCGAAGUAGCUUCGUGCAAUGCGGAAUGGAGCUCCGUAACCGUGUCGAAGAUCAAGCAUCCGGUGGCCAGGUUGGGUUGUUUGUGUUUAGAUCAAUUUAUCGGCUCAGCGUGGUUGGAAAUCGGAUCAUCAGCUGAGCUAUGCAGUUCUCUGCAGAUUAUGUCAUGAACAAACUGAGUCUGAUCGACAAAUCUAUCUAUUUGGCAUUGUGGGGCAUAUGUGAUUUGAAUUUCGAUGAUGUAAACCUCAUUUGGCAGUGGAAGCCAUCUUGAACGGUUUAUGUACGUAUAGGGUUUUAUCUGAGGACUACGAAAAGGGGAAAAUUAUCAUUGGGAGAUAAUCGACAACGUUUUAGAAGGUUUCAAAGAGCAUUUCUGGGUGUUCAGUUCGCGCUGAAUGUGUUAUUCAAGCGCGGGUAUAGGACGAAAUUGCUUUCCACUUUGUGUGUAAUCGCAAGCAUUCCGUCGUGUGGCAUUGGAGGACGUGAGGCGCGGGACACUGUUAUUUUGAAAGAGUCAGCUUCUGCACAGUUUUCCACCUUGAAUACAAACUGUGAAUCUCACAUGCGUGAUCGUCUCUCAAUUUUACGAUUUCAUCAUGAACGGAAAAAAUAGAGAAUCUGCUCAAAGGUAUUGAUUUAUAUGCGAAAGAUUGAAACCCCUGUACACUACGAACGCGUCUGAGUUGGGCUACUUAGUUUUUCGCUGAGUUGUUUACGAGCUGAGCAAUAUGGAAGUCGACACUGGGAAGAAAGUCUGUUGGAACGCAGCUGCAACUAAGGCUUGUCAAGAGGUCACCAAAAGUUCACAGUUGCUCAGGUCUGCUUCCAAGACCUCUCAUGCUGGGGGGAUCCAGCGGCGAUUAGUGUUAAGCACUGUUGGAGCUUUUGCAAGGCUUUUCACUUCUGUGCUGAAUAGGACCACGGUUUACAACAAGGACACUCUUCUUGAUUUAGUGCAGUCUCGACCGUCAGACACGCCUCUUGUCACUGUCAGCAACCACAUGUCCACGUUGGACGAUCCGCUGAUGUGGGGCAUGAAGGGACUACCUAUAACCGACCCCAAGCUUAGUCGAUGGACACUAACAGCAGAGGAUAUUUGUUUCACCAACCCUAUAUUUUCCUACUUCUUUCGGCUAGGGAAGUGCUUACCAGUUAGAAGAGGAGCAGGCAUUCAUCAGCCUUACAUGGACGAAGCCCUGGAUGUGAUCAACCGGGGCGAUUGGCUUCAUACAUUUCCCGAGGGAAAGUUAUCACAAGAAGAAGGACCCAUGAGGCGACUAAAAUGGGGAACUGCAAGCCUGAUUGCUCGUGCGUCCGUACAACCUAUUGUUUUGCCAAUCGCUCACAGUGGAUAUGAGAAGGUGUUACCCGAGAACUACAUGUUUGGGAGGCGACCAUUACUCCCUCUUCCUAUGAAACGCAUCACCAUAGUCGUUGGUGAACCCAUGGUAUUUGACAUCCCUCAAUUGAAGCUCAUUGCCAAAUCCGUGGUGUCAAGAGGUGCCAGUGAAACACGGUCAAGCGUUCCUCAUUUAUCAGGUGCUGGUCGUGCCGGGAGUAGAGAGGGUACUAACUCAGUAGACUUUUCAUCACCGCAUUUUGACGACGUUUUGAAAGAAAGGUUUGUCGGAGAAUCUUCGGCUAUCCUUGAAGAGAAAGUACAACGCUGGAUGUACUCACAUAUGUCGGAGAAUCUUCGUUGUUUGCUCCAAGAUUUGGCUCUGAAGGCGAAGGUGUUAAAUGCCGAGCAAGGUUGAACUCAAGCACGGUUGUGUGAUCGAAGUGAGAAAUAUUUCUAUAGAAUCAAGAUAAUUCUCACGAAUUUGAGCGUUGGCCAACCUUAUUAUAAUACCAUCUGUUUUCAACUUAUUUUUCAACGUU